AUGAGCAAGCCCACCACCGUCCUCAUCACCGGCGCCGGCGGUUUCCUCGGCUCGCUGCUGGCCGACACCAUCCUGCGCCUCGAGCCGGACGUCGACUACCGCUUCAUCCUGGUCGACGUCGCUGCGCCCAAGCCGCCGCGCGGCACCCGGGCAGCCGUGUGCCUCAAGGCCGACCUGACCAAGCCCGAGGGCGUCGAGUCCGUCUUUAGCACCGAGUACGCCAAGCCGGACGUCAUCUACAGCCUGCACGGCAUCAUGUCCAAGGGCAGCGAGGAAAACUGGCAAUUCGGCUUCAGCGUCAACUUUGACUCGACGCGCGCCCUCCUCGAUGGCGCGCACCGCCACGUCCCCGGCGUCAAGUUUGUCUUUGCCAGCAGCAUCGGCGUCUUUGGCGGCGAGCUGCCCAAGGUCGUCAUGCCCAACACGCUGCCGACGCCCGAGGGCGCCUACGGCACCGCCAAGGUCAUGUGCGAGUACCUCGUCACCGAGUACUCGCGCAAGGGCUUUGUCGACGGCCGCGUCGUGCGCCUCCCCACCAUCACGGUGCGCCCCGGUCCGCCCGCCGCUGCCACCACCGCCUUUGUAUCGGGCAUCAUCCGUGAGCCCAUACAGGGCCUCGAGGCCGUCUGCCCCAUUGGAACCGGCAUCGACGACCCGCUCCUCGACAAGCUGCGCAGCUUUGUCUCGACGCCGACGACAGUCCUCGAAAACUUCGUCCACGCCAAGAAUGUCCCCGCCUCGUCCUUCCCGCGGUACAGCCGCGUCGUCAACCUGCCCGGCUUCUCCGUCUCGGUCAAGCAGCAGAUCGAGGCGCUCCGCAAAGUCGCAGGCGACGACGCGGUCAAGCUCAUCAAGUUUGAGCGCGACGAGGUGUGCGAGCGCCUGGUGGCCACGUUCCCGCAGGAGUUUGACAACUCGUACGCCCUCUCGCUCGGCUUCAAGGUCGACCAGGGCGGCUUCGAGACCAACGUAAAGGAGUUCCAGAACCACCUCAAGAGCCAGCAGGCGCAAAAGUGA